CACCACACACAAACACCCGCGUGCGGCGUGGUGCCUGCGGGCUUCCGUACUGGGUCUCCAUGGCGACCGCGUGGGCCGGGCUGCCUCCAUUGUCGGGCUGCCGCUUUCCGCUGCGGGGCUCGCCCGCGCUCCGGUGGGCGGGGGCCCCGAAGGUGACUCCAGACCAAGGAGGAUGAGCUGCUCUCCCUGGAGGAGAACGGAUGGAGGGAAGCGGCUCCUACAGAGCUCCCUCUGCAGCCGCUGCUGAUCUGGAGGAGGAUGCUGGUCAAACUAGGAGCUUGCCUGCCGCCCCCUCCAAAGACGUUCACAAGGGUGUUGGAGGGAUCAUUUUUUCCUCCUCACCAAUUCUAGACUUGAGUCAGAGUGGUCUGUGCCAUUUGGAAGAGGUCUUUAGCAUCCCCAGCCUUCAACAAUUGCAUCUGCAAAGGAAUGCCCUCUGUGUGAUUCCUCAAGAUUUCUUUCAGUUACUACCGAACCUGACUUGGCUGGACCUCCGGUACAACAGGAUCAAGGCACUUCCUUCUGGGAUUGGGUCUCACAAGCAUUUGAAAACUUUGCUUUUAGAAAGAAAUCCUAUCAAAAUGUUACCUGUGGAGCUGGGGAGUGUACUUACACUGAAAGCCCUGAACUUGAGGCACUGCCCUCUGGAAUUCCCUCCACAGCUCAUUGUGCAUAAGGGAUUGGUGGCUAUCCAGCACUUCCUGCGGAUGUGGGCGGCAGAACACUCUCUCCCCAGAAGUCCAGCUUCUCAAGGGGCUGCGCCGGCUAAAGAGAUGACCCUCCACAACCUCCCGAGCCUGGGACUGGAGUUGUCUGCAGACUACGCAUCUAAUGAAGGAGCUUCGAAUGCUGGGGACCCAGAGCAGGCCGUGAUGAAAGAGAAAGCUGGCUUUCUCCCGCCCGUGGAAAAGCCCAACCUGAGUGAUCUCAGGAAGUCCGCUGACUCCUCAGAGCACUGGCCCAACGAGGAGGAGAUCAGGCGCUUUUGGAAGCUGAGGCAGGAAAUUGUUGAGCAUGCAAAGGCAGGUGGUCCUGGAAAUCAGCUCUUACCGAGGGAAUUACCUCCCAAUCUCAAGGCGGCCUUGAACAGUGAGAAGGAGCCGCCAAAGCCAAGGCACAUUUUCAGAAGGAAGACGGUCUCCUCCAGGAACAUCUUACCCGACCUCUCGUCACCAUACCAAACGGCGAUCCGAGCACAAAGACUGGAAGAGAGCCGAGCGGCCGCACUCCUAGAGCUCCGGGAGAAGCAGGCUCUGAUGGAGCAGCAGAGACGAGAGAGAAGGGCACUGCAGGAGUGGAGAGAGCGAGCCCAGAGGACGAGGAGGAGAAAGGAGGAGCUCAGCAGACCCCUGCCUCCGCGGAGGAGCACGGUAGCAUCAAAGAUUCCCUUUGCCGCAGAUCUGAUAGACAAUGGGAAAACACCACUGAAUCCACCCAGAAAAAUGAAACCAUGCAAAGAGAAAUCAUCACAAGCAAUUACAGAAAUGAGUGCCUUCCGAGAGGGAAAUUUGGAAGAGAGAAUCAAACAGCACAUCCACCAAAUGCAUGAGCAAAGAAGAGUCUGUGGCCAGGCCCCGCUGGAGGAGAUGAGGAAGGCGGCCGAGGAUCUGGAAAUGGUGAGGAUUUCUUGGUUCUGGGACGAGAGAGGAGGCGUGAGGGCAGGGUAGGACACUUCCUGGAGACCCCCCAGCCUGACUUGGACCCCUCUUCUGAGACUUCUCCUCCUCGGCCCAGGGCGUUUGUACCUGCCUUUAGGUGAACUUUUGCUCUCUCUAAAUCUGUCAUUUAUGAGUAUAACCUUGUCCUUGGACACCAGAACGCUGCCUCUUAGGGCUGGAAACAUCUGUGUCUCAAUCCAUUGCUUCAGAGUAUGGACUCAAGAGUCUAUUUGGUGUUAUAAACAAGUUUAGGCCCACAGAUUUGAUAACUUUAAUGAAAUAGAUGAAUCCCUUAAAACGCAACAUCUGCCAAAACUUGCAGAAGAAAUAAGUGAUGUGAAUAUGUUUGUAUCUAUUACAGAAAAUUAAUCAAUAAUUUAUUACAUUGCAAAACAGAAAUCACAGGCCCAGAUGGGUUCACUGGUGAAUUCUACCAAACAUUUAAGGUUUAAGGAAAAAACUAUACCAAUUCUCUAUAAUGUCUUCCAGAAGAUAGAAACAGAGGGAAAACUUUUAACUCAUUCUUUGAGGCCAGCAUUACUCUAAUACCAAAACCAUACAAAGAUAUUACAAGAAAGGAAUACUGUAGACCAGCAUUGUUCAUGAACAUAGAUGCAAAAAUUCUCAGCAUUCAGAAAUCAAAUCCAGCAAUGUAUAAAAACAAUCACACACCCUAGUUCAACAUUGAAAAGUCAAUCGAUGCAAUUCACCACAUCAGUAAGCUAAACAAGAAAAACCAGUUGGUUUUAUCAAUAGAUGUAGAAAAAGCACCUGACAAAAUAUAAUGGCUGUCAUGAUACAAACCCUCUGCAAAUUAGGAUAAGCUGGGAACUUCCUCAGCUUGUUAAAGCAAAUCCAGAAAAGGCCCACAGCUAACAUCAUUCUUAAUGGUGAGAAACCGGAAGCCCUCCUUCCCCUGCUCCCUGCCUGGCGACGGGGCCCUCCUUCUGCCUUGACCCCUUCCUGGUUGCUACCACUCAGCCAGCACGUGGGACAGUGGACUCCAUCCUAGAGCUUCUAGUUUCUCACCACUAAGAAUAAUGUUAGCUGUAGGUCUUUUCUGGAUCUCUGCCUCAAAAAAAAGGAAGCAGAGUCUGUCCAGGUCAUGCCAAGGCCCUGAGUCCGCUUCCCUACUCUGCCCAGCCCACUGACUCCUCCAGCCUCCCAGCAGGAGACAGGGCUGUCUCUAGAGAAGCUGACCAACCAGGCACCACGGUGGUGACAGAGGCCACGUGUGGCCUUCCUGAGCCCUGCAGAAGGGCAGGUACACAACGGGCCAUGAGGGCCGGCCGGCUCCAUGGCACUGUCUGAGGCACCAGCCAACCAAGACAGUUACUGACCACAGUUUGCUUCUCAUAGAAAUCUGGGUCAGUGACAAGUGAUAUUGACCGUGUUGUAGUGCCAUAAGCCCUGAGUGGUGCUCUAUCCCACAGCUGUGAUGUGGCUGUAUGAGGCUGCAGGGGUCUCCGGGGACCUGCACUGGAGGGAGAGCCAACCCGCGCCCCCAGCGGGGCAGGAUGCGGAGGGAGAGGGGAGCCGGGCGGCCCAGGGCUCCUGUGCUUGGAGUGGGGAGGUUGGGACGCUGCAGGGGCGAUGCCUACGGGCCGGAGGGGCAGGAACAGAAAGAGGCCCUCCUCAGCUGCUGCACCUGAGGCCCCCUCAGUGCCCUCCCUGACUUCCCUUGUUCUGCCCAGGCCAUUGGCCGCAGAGCGUAGGUCUGGAACAGAAAGCCUGCCCCUGCUUUCAGACUCGACAAUUUCCUUCUCCUGCCCCUGAUCCACUGCUCCUGUGUCUGUGGGGUGAGGGUGGCAAUUGUGGCCCCAUCUGCCUCCCAGGGUAGUUCCGGGUCUCAGGUGGGGUCACAACUGUGGUGAUGUUUGCCAGCACUGCCCGGAUGUGGCACCAGCCUUCCCUUUGCCCACAGGAUGGGACCCUGAGUGUCUGUUCAUCCACUGACCUGCAUCUCUCAGGAGACUGUCUGCAUAGGACACCCGGGUGGGGCCAUGUGUGUGCCUGCCGAGGGCAGUGUCCUGGGGUGGAAGGCCUGGGAGCUGGCUGGAAGUAGGCUGCCGGCCCGUCGCUGAGGGGGUGGGGUCGUGCCGUGAUGCGGCUUGCAGGGGUCCCUGGAGAAGCAGGGCUGGCCCUGCUCACUUCCACGUGGUCUGGGCCCCACAUGGAAUCUGAGCCAGAGAGGUAGUGACAUCCUGAGUCCUGCCAGCCUUUCUAAUGCAGCCCCCCUUGCCUCCCACAAGGCCAGAGAGCUACAGGAUGAAGUACUGAAGCUAAAACUGGGAUUAGCCUUGGACAAAGACCAGCGAUGGACUGCCCUCACUGGAGGCCUUUUGCUUCGCCCAGCGUCACGGCCUCGCAAUACAUUUUUUAACACAAAAUAUUAAGAAUCGGGAAAUGUUUGCAGAUGCAGUGACACCAGGUGGCUGGACUGAUGGAACCGUCUUCAGACAGGAGAUGCUCAGUCUUCUUCCUCGGGCGUUGCCUCCUGUGUGGUGGCCGGGAGGGCACCAGGUUCACGUUCGUCUUAUGGCUUUUUCACAGCAGCCUGUUGGUUUUCUUAGGCGGUCCGUGUUUCUCCUGAGGCUGUGGAAGAUUUCAGCCGAAUUAAAAGAAAGGACACGGUGAGCACGUGGCCCGCUUUCAUUCCCUUCCGCAGGUUCCCGCCAAUGCACGUGGCGGAAAGGGCCGGCACCGGCCUCUCUCCCACCCUGGAGCCCUUGUUACGAAAGUCCUCAUAGCUUUCAUUCACUUCGUUAUUUUAGUGUGGGAGAGGAGACCAGGUCACCUGAUUCCUGCGAGGCCCAAAUUAGGGACUUGCCUCUGCCUGGAGGCAGGGCUCUCCUUUCCUGCUGCCUGCCCAGUGACAGGGCCCUCUUUGGCCUUGACCCCUUCCUGGUUGCUACCACUCAGCCUGCACAUGGGACAGUGGACUCCAUCCCAGGGCCAUGGCAGGGCCCGCGGACCUCAUGUCAUAGAUCAGCCUUAUUUCACACUCUGCCUACCAGGCUGUGUAGAUUCUGUGUGACUUAGUGUCUUUGCUGAGUGCUUGACUGGAUCUUGAAAACAUUUUUCAUUUGAUUUCCUUAAAACAGAUAAGACAAUUCAGACUGCAUUUUGUGUUAAUUUUGGUAAAUAUGGUUUUCAGUGAGUUUCCUCAUUUCAUCCAAUUUGUGCUAUGUAUUAGCAUAAAGUUCCUCGCAAUAUCCUUUUAUUCUCAGUAUCUUUAAGAUCCGUAAUAAUGUCCCCUUUUAUUCUUGGCUUUGCGUUCUUUAUCAUUCUUAAUAGGGAUUUAUCAAUGUUGUUCUGCUUUUCCAAGAACCCCAGGCCACUGGAUUCUGUCUCACGGUCUCUGCACUCUGCAUUUUCUUUCUGUGCUUUCUGAGAGUUUUACUGGUGCUUAGAGAGAAACACAUCACUUCUAAGCCCACGUAUUAGAGAGGAAGGACGGUCUGCAGUUCAUCAUCUACGCUUUCCAUGAGAGAAGCUAGAAAAGGUGCCCGUGGCCGGUUACGGCCCAGCAGCUGGAGCAGCAGACGUUCAUUUACCAUUUCUCGCGUCUGAGGGCAGGAGUCGGAGCGCUUAGCCGGCGUCGCUGCUCAGGGUCUCUCGUGAAGCAGGAGUCAGCGGUGGGUCGGGCUGCGCUCCUUUGAAGCUUUAACUGGGCUUGGGGCUCAGCUUCCAAGUUGCUCACCUGUUGUUGAUCAGAGAGCGUGUCCUUUGUGAUCCCAGUCCUUGGAAAUUGUGAGGCCUUGCCCUGUGGCCUGCCCGGGAUAUGUUUUGGUAAAUGUAGGCUGUGCACUUGAGAAGAAUAUAUUUUGAUGUUGCUGGGGACGUUGUUUUGUGUGUGUCAGGUGACACUGACAACCCUGCUGCUCAGAGCUCCUGCACCCUUACUGACUGCCUCGUUUAAACUCGGCCUAUCAGUUAUGGAGAGAGGCCUGUCCACAGUUCUAGCUAUGACCACGAACUUGUACUUUUUUCUUAGUUAUGUCAGUUUUGCUGUAUGUGUUUUGGGGCUGUUUUCUCACAUGCCGACGAAUUUAGGAUUGUUUUAUCUUCUUGUCGAACGGACCUUGUCGUUACUAUGAAGUGUUUCUAUUCCUCUCAUUCUCAGUUCUUGCCUUCACGUGCAUUUUGCCUGAUAACACAGGCACACGGCUGCUGCCUCAGUCAGCGCUUCCAUAACACAUCUUUUUCCACCCUGUGCUGUCAGCCUCUCUGUCUUUAUGCUGCAUACAAAGUGCGUCUUACACAGACAUACAGUUGGGACUCCUUUUCUUUCUCCAGCUGGCCAGCUCUGUCCUUUAAGAGGCAGAGCGUUUAAGGUGAGUGUGCGCGAGGCUGAUUCUCUGCCACUGUCUCGCUCCUCGUUUUAUGGAUCUCAGGUUUUUAUUCCUUUAUUCUGCUGCUGCUGCUUCUGAUAGUGAUCAAUUUUCUUAUUUAUAUCUCUUCUAUUAGAGUUUUAGUAAUAUAUUUUUAUAUUGUUCCCUUGGGUGUUGCCCUUAAGUUCAUUAGCAUCUCCCGAAUGAGCCAGUGACGCUGAGCAGGCUCCUCCCGGCUGCUGGUUCCCGCCCUUGCUGCUGUGCUGUCACCAUCUUGCGUCCCAGGAGGUGCCCAGCAGGGCGUCCACAUGCUGGUACUAGACAUCAGGAUUCUCUUCACCAUUAAAGACUGUCCUGAAGCUCUUCCUUCCUGCAGCUUCCUGCCCCAGUGAGGGCUGAUUUUCAUUCAUGCAAAUAACUUUUUUUUCUAAUAUUUCUUUGUAUCUUGGUUAUGUUUUGACGGGCAGUAAUUUCAGCUUUUGUUUGUCUGAAAUACAUUUAGUUGCCCUUUAUUCUGUGCAGGACAGAAAUCUAGGUGGAUGUUUCUGCCAUCCCCAGCACUUGAGCGAUGUGCUCCACUGUCUUCUAGCUCCGUGAAUUUUGUUAAAAAUUUCAACUUUCAUUGUUAUUUGCUGCUCCUUUGAAGGUAAGUGGCUUACCUUACUUUUUUCUUUGUUUUAAAUUUUUUUCUCAUCUUUGGUUUUCAGCAGUCUGUGUUGUAUGUGAUUUUCUUUUUACUUUUCUUGGAAUAUCCAGAACUCGGAUCUGGGAGUUGGUAUCUUUCAUCAGUUUUGGAAAACUCUUAGCCAUUAUUGUUUUGACUUUUUUUCCCCUGUUGUUCUUCUUUCUGAGACUUCAGUUUUAUGUGUAUGCGCAUGUGUGUGUGCAUGUGUGUGUGCAU